AUGGCCAUUUCAGGAUUCAUUGUCCGUCAGGAACGAAAACGACAACAAGUGCAGGCAGUUCGCGCUGUCAGCAAGGGCGAGGCACCUUCAUCAAUUGCUCCCACCCAACCUGAAGAUAUCUUCUACGUCGACUGUCAUACCGAUCCCGAAACCCAAAAGCCAGUCGUCCUCUGGAACGAUGUUCUCCAGGCGUUUGAUAACGGUUGCGCUAUUACCGACUUCAGUGCCCGACGCAAUCCGGUUUGGGGUCUUGAGAACGCCGCGAUGGACAGCUAUUCCCAUAUCGACAACCCAGCUUUUGCGCCGCCACUUCGACGACCUCAAGCAAUGGUGGACGAUCAAUCACCUAUACACAAGAACCUCCCAGCACUCCCACAUUCAAAUCAUGAUGCCAAGCCCCCUUUGCGAGCACCUCAGAAUACAACUACUGAUGUGCCGAUCGAGAAGGACUUGGCUCAGCUGAGCAUCAGCGCCAGCCUCGGAGACACGAGUGCCCAGGUCGCCUUGGGUAACAUGUACACCGACGGCGAAGGAGUUCUGCAGGACUACCAAUCAGCGAUGGAUUGGUACCUCAAGUCAGCAAUCAAGGAGAUCCAGUUGGCCAGCGCCGUAGGUCUCAGUGUCUCGCGGAGCUAUUCGGCAGUGUUGGAAUGGUUUAUCAAGGCGGCCGACCAAGGAGACCCAGACGCUCAGUACAGCGUCGGUGCCAUGUACAACGUAGGCAAAAGCGAUCCUCAGAACUUUGCCAAAGCGAUGGAGUGGUACCGCAUGGCCGCCGAUAAAGAAGACGCAGGCGCUCAGUGUAAAAUCGGGAUCAUGGAUAUCAAAGGCCAAGGUGUGACCAAGAGCUACUCGGAAGCUAGAAAGUAUUUCCAAAAAGCGACUGACCAGGGGCACCCGGAUGCACAAAAUUGGUUGAAGGAGUUGUCCACCAUUGGAUCUGAUAAGCAGAUAGUCUCCAAAACGACCAAAAAGAAGGGGGUUUUUAGCAGGCUUUUCAAGUGA